GUAGUGGAUGCUGGAUUAGAGCAUGGUGAUGUUGACGGAUUACAGUUGAUGAAGUAUCGGUGAACGAUGACUCAGCAUUUUGAGUGCAAAAGAAGGUUGUUUUUAUUCUUCUUAACAGAUUCGUGAUUUAAUCAAUGUGCAUGUGGAUUUGUGAGUCAGUAGCUCGACACCUUGAAGGGUCCGAGACAGAGUUCAGGUUUUGGUUGAGUCCUGUCGCUGGAUGGGCUGCAGGAGUUUGGUGGCACGAAGCCAGAACUUUGGGUCCCUCACGCUGUAGAUGAUGACGUUCCAGCAGCUGUUGGAUGCCAGAAUCCAGAAGGCCACGAAGGAGAAGUUACACCACUGGUUCCCCAGGACGUUUCCGAUGACAAAGAUGGCGAUGGGUGUGAAGGACAUCGUGAAGGCCACCGUCAGAGUCCCGAUGGUCUUCGCUGCCUUGAUGUCAGAGAAGGUGGGCUUGUUGAUGCUGUGACCUUUGGCCUCUGCCAAGUGCCUUCGACGUCUGGAGUGGCGGCGGAUGCUGGACAGCGAGAUGAUGUUGAUGACCACGGUGCCAGCCAGCAGAGUGAAGUCAAAGGUGGGGAACAACAGCAGGAUGUUCCAGGCCUGAGAGGGGAACUGGCCGAUGGUGCCCAGUGCGUAGUUGCACAUGCGGCUGCAGGCAUUAUACUCCAGCGCAAUCUCUGUGCUGAAGACCAUCGGUGCCACCGCCAGGCAGAAGCUCCCAACCCAUGACAGCAUGAUAAGGACGGUGGUCCUCUUGCGGGUGAUGAGGGCGUCCCGGUGCAGGGGCAGGAGCACGGCCAUGCAGCGCUCCAGGGUCAGCAGGAAGAUGGUGGUGAUGGACACCAGUGUGCAGCCAGCAAAGAUGGGUCCGAUCACGUUGCAAGGGUGGAGCUUCACCAUCUGGGAGUUGAAGGAGGUCCACUGAGGCACAGAGUCGCUCACCAUGAGGGAGACUUCAGCGUAAACAGACAGCGGCACCACAAACAAGCCCACCGCCAGGUCGGCCACCGCCAGUGAGGCUUUCAGGUAGCCUUGCGGGGUGUGGAAGUGCUUGGUGCAGAAGAUGACUGCUAAGGUCAGCAGGUUCCCCAGCAGGAUGGCAACGAUGAGCAGAACCAUGAACACGAGCGUCACUAUCUUGUUGGCCACGGUGCAGCAACAAAGAGAGCAAUGCUGCGGUUCGAUUCCGCCCCACAUAGCAGCAGACAUCUUGGUCACAGGAGCUGCUGAGCGUGCACCUUUGUCACUGUUGAUCAGAGAAGAGAGAAAGUGGAGAUACGAUAGGAGGGAGGAAGAGAGGAGGACAAGUGUUGAAGAGAGAGAGUGGAUGGAGGGAAAGGGUGAGGAGUGAGCGUGGACUGCUGUAACUAACAUUAUAUCCAGAGAUAAAUACAUUUGGUGGACAAACUGCUGCAACAUCACAUUCUAAUCCCCCGCGCCCCACCCCACUCCCAGAUGUGAUGUAAUGUGACAUCAUGGCGUGGCAAUCACACUCACGUGCACCAGCUGGAGUGAUGAUGUCAUAAGCUCAUGGCACAGCUGUAGUAAACAGAAUCAGCUGACCGGUCCACUCCGAACCGUGGGUUCUGGAUCCAUGGGUCCUUCUCAGUCCACAACCACGACCUGCCUCCUCAGGACGACUGAGCUACCCCGGACCCAGCUGGACCCUGCGCCAGUUCUUCAAUCGCACUCGUUCUCUGUGCGCUGAUUCGAUGACGAGGAGCCAAGUUUCUGCAACGCCAAGACCUUCUGUGAAGUCAAGUGCAGGUCAGAUCUACUCACUCUGACGCGUCACUCUUCAUCUCACCAUCCAGCGAAGCAACCGCAACUCCGCCGGAGUCCGGACCGACCCCGAACCAGUGAUCCGCCUCCAGUGACUCCGCCCCUUGUCGUUCCUCGCGUGGGUGUGGGAGGAGUCUUUUUCUGCACAAAUAUUUACGUCGAUGACAUGAGGUUAAAGCGCGGGCCAGAUUGGAAGCGCGAUACCACCUCCGUCUUUAAUCCACCACCCAGAUGAUUCCAGAGCCCAGAUUGUGCGCCUGACCUCCCCUGUGUGGCCCCCUCCUGAGUGCGUGAGCAAGAGUUUGACUCCAGGAGAGGGAUGACGUCACGUUUAUUUGUAACGUGUUGUGGUCUGUGGCUGCACGCGCGCAGGCGACUAGUGGGGUAGAAAGGUGGGAGGGAGCAGGUCAUCAUGGGAGAGGAGAAGACCUGAAGCCGCUACGACAUCUCACAUGGAAGCAUGACCUCCUGACCUUUCCUCUCCCAUUUACUUCUCACAAGCUCACAUCGAUUCCACCGGCAGCUAAAACUAUCACUACUAAACAACUAAAACGUUACUCCAGCUUUGCCUCAAAUCCUGAUCUACUCAUCACCGGUCUCACAGUUCUACUUCUAUCCUCUGUUCCGUGUCCGUGAACGCAUCAGCGGGCUUCCGUGAGUUGCUCUCACCCCUCCGACUCGCUUGGGUCCGUGAACGCACCACGGCGCUCCGCUGCCAUGUUGUUUUGCUGCUCCGAGCGGCGGCUACUCUUCUGGUUCUUGUGAUUUUCCCCGACACUUUCUAACGGUUUCCGCUCGUUACCAGCGGCGGACGGGCUCUCAGCCGGACUUGUCAUAUCCCCGCAGACUCACCGGAGCUGAGCAAAAGUGUAUCAAGAUGGUGGACAGACUCGCCAACAGUGAGGCAAACUCUAAACGCAUCACCAUGGUGGAGAGCUGCUUCGGCGCGGCAGGACAACCACUUGCCAUCCCAGGACGCGUGCUCAUUGGCGAGGGCGUGCUCACCAAACUGUGCCGGAAGAAGCCGAAAGCUCGGCAGUUUUUUCUCUUCAACGACAUCCUGGUCUAUGGGAACAUCGUGAUCCAGAAGAAGAAAUACAACAAACAGCACAUCAUUCCGCUGGAGAGUGUGACCAUCGACACUGUGCCUGACGAAGGUGAUCUUCGCAACGGCUGGCUCAUCAAGACUCCCACCAAGUCCUUUGCCGUCUAUGCCGCCACCGCCACUGAGAAGUCCGAGUGGAUGAACCACAUCAACAAGUGUGUAAACGACCUGCUGCAGAAGAGUGGCAAGGCGCCGAGUGGCGAGCACGCGGCCGUCUGGGUGCCUGACUCAGAGGCCACUGUCUGCAUGCGCUGCCAGAAGAUGAAAUUCACGCCGGUCACGCGGCGCCAUCACUGCAGGAAGUGUGGCUAUGUAGUGUGCGGCCCAUGUUCUGAGAAAAAGUUCUUGCUGCCGAGUCAGUCCUCCAAGCCUGUCCGAGUCUGCGAGUUCUGCUACAUGCAACUGAACCUUGCCCCUCGCGUGGACCCCAUCCGCACACCCGGGUUUGACAACCUGUCGGACGAGGAUGACGAUGAAGACAGCAGCGACUGAGGGCUCUGCCCUUCCCACUUCCUGUCUGAUCCGACCAAACUCAGCAGUGGGAUAAUGCCCGCCCACUCACUACAGACUCCAGGGUGCUUCCUUCCCCUUUUGUUUUUACUUCCUGUGGUCAUUAUAAGGGAAACUAAUUGACUGUAUGUGCUGACUCUUUAAUCUUCAACGCUAAUCCAUAAUCUGGCUCGCCUCCACUGGUCCAGACCGGCUGGUGCGCACGGCUCACCUGGUGCCUUCUCAACUGGAUUCAGGGAGAAACGUAACGUUCCAGUAAAUUUAGAAACUUCUUGUCUGGUUUUGCUUUUUUUAACUCUGAGUCCUGACUUUGACAAUAAAAGCUGGAAUCCUUUUAGGUUUUUAACACAACAAUGUGUGCUGCAAGACUGAGCUGGAACUUUGCUAUGGAAGUCACCGUAGACGUUCGGGUGUCUCUAGCUCUACCCCCGCGUUGCAGAUGGCUCUAUGCCAAAUGAUCACCGUCACUUUGGCUGAACCGUUAAAGUACGGCAAUGACAUAGCUCGUCUUGUUUCUGACAUCAUGUUGACGAAAAGCUGACGACCGGCUGUGGCAGAGCGGGAGUCAGAAACUUGAUUUGACUGUAGCCCAAAUAUAAAAGUAUUAAACUUUAUUCUGCAAUCAAAAUGGAUGUUGCUCUCAAGUCUGUGAUCAAACAAACAACCAACAGUCACAUGACCACACUUCAGCACAGA